AUGGAGCUAAUCGACAUUAGGUGGUGUAUGGCCCGCAUCAUUCGUCGUGCUCAACGCUUCAUGGAAAUUACCGGGAGGCAGUCUAUCAGUGGGCCAUCUACAAAGUUGGGUUUUGAUAAAUCAAAAAUUGAGGAAAAUUCGGUGAAGCAAAAAUCUAGGGCGCUAGCGGUUAUACAAGAUGAUGAAGGCUUCAACUGGAAUGAUUAUAUUCCAGAUGAAGAACAGAUAGGUUCAGCUUUUGUCGAUGACAUCUCACCGGUGACUUUUAACAGAGAAAGAGAGAUUGCACACGUGAGAAUGAACAUAAUUCAUAGAGCAUACAAAGAAGCUGUAAAGGCGAAAAGAUGGGACGCAGAGAGAGAGAGAGAGAUGAAGUUGAUUCCAACUGAAGAGGAGGACAGAUUGAAAAUAGAAGCUGAAGAAAAGGCUGAGAAGGAGAGCAAAGAGAAUUCUGUGAAAGUGGUUAAGGAAAUCAUAGAUGUGAAUGUAGAGAUGACAACCGAGAACUUGAAGAAAAAAGCUGAUCAAGUUUUGAUGGCAAAAGCACUUGAGGUAGAUACCAAAUCUGCUUUUGAGUCUGAGUCAUCUAACAAGGUCAGUUCGGUCGGUCAUAAUGUCAAUGCAGAAAAUGAAAAACUUGUUCUUGAAGACAGAAAAUUAACCGAGGCUUUUGAAAAACUAAAACGGACAAUUAAAGAUUCCGAUUCAAGAGAUUUUCAAACUCGUCAAGAGAACAUUCAAUUAAAAACUGUCAUUCAAGAAAAAGAGAAACAAAUUAACAAUCAACUGGAUGAGAUCGCAAACUUAAAACUUCAUAUUGAAGAAGUUAAGAUUGAGAAUGAACGAAUCAACUUGAAGUUGAAGAGUUAUCAUUCCGCCAGCUUUGUUCUUCAACAUAUUGUCCCGAAACCCAUUGGGAAGAACAAAGAUGGUGAAGAUGUUUAUCAAAAUGGAACUGGGGUCUGGUAUCAUACAGUUCCACCACCCAUGAACAAUGAAUUCACAAAGAAACAUUUUGGGGUGGAAAAAGAGUUAAAUAUGAAUGCAAAGGGUGAAGUUGACAACCUGCCUGAAAAUAUAGACGUCACAUUUAUUGAAACAUCUGAUGAGGAUAGUGUUGAAUCGGAGGUUGUGAUAAAUGUGGUUGAAAAUGUUUUGAAAACAGAUAGUUACUCCACGGUUUCAAAUGAGAAUGAUGAUUGUUUUCUAAAUAAUUAUCUUCCAAAUUCCAAAUCCAAGAACAACUUAAAGGACGAACCUACCCUGGUCAUGUACCAGGUGUAUGGUUCUGAUAAGUUAUACCCAGAUGAGGAAUUUCUGAUAGAAAAUGUAAAUGUGAAUAAACUUGAGAAAGUUUUUAAACUUGUGGGGAUUGAUGUGUCAGAAGUUGAUAGGUUGUCAAGUUACAAAAGAUUUUUGAAUUUUCAAAAAGAUAAGUAUUACUAUAACAAGCCCAAAAAUCCACCACGUUUUCAGAACAACAAUCAGAACAGAGGGUACAAUGGGCAGUGGGCUGGUAAGCAACAAAAGAAAAGAAAUUUUCAGAAGUCAAAAUUCGUUAAGAAAACUACAUUUGUGAAAAGUUCAAGUUCUAUGAAAGAUCAAGAGUCUGAAAUUUUUUCGAAAUUAAAUGAAGAAUUCUUUGCGAACAAAGCAUCACAAACAUAG